AUCAACUGGGCGCAAAUGCAGUGCAGGCGAUUAGCAUGAGAAUAGUUUGUGAAUGCUGGAAGGUCAGCAGUUCAUUUCUAUUCCACUCCAGCUCGCACUCACCCACCUUUGCCCCAUACUGCCUCGGACUCAGAGCUUGGACCCAUUUCAGUCCUCGAUACCUUACACUGAAUGUUAAUAUUAGUAACUGUCUAUUUGACUCACCUCCUGGCAACUGAAUACAGCAUGGAGGAUAGCCACACCUUCUUGUACUUUGCAUAUGGUAGCAACUUGCUAAAGGAGCGACUGCAUCUUAAGAACCCAUCUGCAACAUUGCACUGUGUGGCCAGCUUAAAGGUAUGGUCAGCUACAUCUGUGCCACCUACUUUAUCCUUGUACACAGACAAAUCAUUUCUGUUUCAGGACUAUAAAUUGGUAUUUGGGAACUAUAAAGGCCUCGCCAGUGAACGGUGGCAUGGAGGUGUGGCCACCAUAGAACACAGUCCAGGAGAUGAAGUGUGGGGUGUGGUGUGGAGGAUGAACAAGUCUGAUCUGAGGUCUCUAGACAGUCAAGAGAACGUUAAGCUGGGUGUGUACAGCCCUGUGGAAAUAUCGGUAAGGACGAAAGGCCAGGACCUUAGUUGUCGCACCUACUUAAUGAACAGCUGUAUGUAUGCCUCACCAUCACCACAGUACCUACUGGUGAUUGUGAUGGGAGCAGAGCAGAACAGAUUGCCUAAGGACUACCAGGAGAAGCUAAGAGCGAUCGAGACCAACAAAUAUGAGGGUCCUUUACCUCUGAUGGCUGAGCUGGAGCUGGAGUGAGCCAGAGAAGCAGAAAGACAGGCCCUAUCUGAGGCCUGAUGAUCCAGCAGCCUGCGUGUCCCCCUUUAAAUGGACCAAAAUCACCUACCCUAAAAUCUAACGUAUGUUUAUGUUAUCAUGCUUCUUUAUGCUUCCAUAAUAAGCAAAUAUAUACUG